CCUGAGCCAGUCAUAUGCAUGGAGCCCUUUCUGGUGCGAAGACUUUCAUGCCGGGCGGUCCAGCUGCCACCGUUAGCCUUUCGACAAGCAGAGCAGUACUACUGCGACCGUAAGCCUGAGCCUUGCUCCUCGUGUUUUCUGCUCCAGUCCCUCCCACAUUCACCAGACACAGUCACGGUUCCCCCGAGGCCCACAACACUGCCUUUACGUGCACCGCCACUCAUCGCCAUCACCUCAGCUGACACCAGCAGGACGCACAGCUGCUCGGAUGAUGACUUCACGCGCAGAAGUUUGCAGGCUGCAGGGAGCCUGAGCGCAGCCUGCUGUCCUGUCCUGUCCUGUCCUGAACAUCUGCAGCAGAUGCAGCAACCUGCAAAGAUGGGCGCGCAUGGAGGAAGCUGGGAGCACGAGGAGCCCGGACUCUCCAUCUCAGGGGCACGUUGCCCUGUUCAGCCCGCUUUCACUACUGAGAUCCACUUCCCAAUGGAUUGA